CUCGUUUUGUAUCUGGUAGGUGAUGGAUGUUUGCUAGAAAUCGCAGCGUGAGAGAGGUAUAUAACAGCGCGAUGAGGAAGAAAAAUGGCACCAUCGCCAAAAGUAGCUGGACGGACGAAGAGCAACCGGAUACGGUGGAGGACCACUUCAAGUUAAUCAUGAGUGACAAUUCUGUAAUUGACAGCAAUCAUCGAAACAUCACACCCGAUGACCUGCCAAGCUGGUUCGACGAAAGACUCUUUAAAAUAGGUCGAAAUUAUUAUACGAGAAAUAUACUGGGAAUAACUUCAGCUUACUUAGCGGGUCUUUUCGCGGUGUUCCUAGUCCCUAGCAUUUCCAAGCUCCUAAUAGCAACGAAACGAAGCUCGACACCGUGCGCGGCGUUCAAGAGGUACUUGCAAACUGUGCUGCACGUAUACAACCUGCACAUCCACGAUUAUCGCGAUCCCGAUUCAAAGUUCUACAAAUCGUUGAAUACGAUUCGCUGGAAGCACUCGACGAACAGCAAAUGCGCGAUGAAACGCACCGACGAAGGAAUAACACAGCAAAAUAUGGUUUUGACGCAGUACGGUUUCAUAGGAUACGUUCUCCUGAGCGCAAAUGUUUUGGCGCUUACAAACGAACCCGAAGAACGAGAGGGUAUAAAUCACUUUUGGCGAGUUGUCGGAAAAUUAUUGGGGAUUCCUGACAAGCUGAAUCUUUGCCGGGAGAGCGAAAGUGAGACGACGCAGUUGUGCGAAAGGAUAAAAGACGAAGUGUACGUGAAACAAUUGCAAGCACCCACUGAUGAUUUCUUUUUAUUAAUCAGCACUGCAAUUGAUGGACUAUUUUGCGUCGACAUGGCACUGGACAUGGAAGCGUUUUUGGCGUUUUUCUGUGACAUUAACAAUUGCAAAAAUACUAGAAAAAUGAGCCUUUACAGUAAAUACAACUACCUAUAUAGAAAAUUCAUGUUUUCCGUCAUAAAAACACCUCUUAUUGGACCAGUCGUCAGAAGCUUUUGGAAUGUUUAUUUUCAUACUACGUACUGGUUUCAAGAAAGAUACCCACUAAUCGCUUGGUUGAAGUAUGGCAAAGCUCAGUCCAAAAUUACGUUGUACCAGCCGUUGGUUUUUAAAUAAAAAAUGAAGAUUUUGUACAUAACAUUUUUAUUAUUACGAACUUAGCAGAGUCGACUGUACGUGUUAUUUAUUUUUUUAAAGAUUACUAAUAAAAUAAUAUAAAUUCUCA